AUGGUCGUUACCACGGUAACCCUCCGUCUCGUCUCUCUCUCUCGUGUUGUGUUGCAGACGGCCAAUGGAAACGUGGAGGCUAAAGUGGUGUGUUUCUACCGACGCAGGGACAUCUCCUCCACACUCAUCGCCCUGGCCGACAAACACGCACGUGAGUGACACGCACGGUUCACUGUUCAGUCAAAGUCUUCACCAACUAAGCACUGUUCAACAUCGAAUGCCAACAUUCAAAUCCCCUAGUAGAGUGACUGUUCAGUCAAAAACCACUUUUAAAUGUGACUUUUAUUUAAACAGGUUAGGCUAUUCUCAUUCAGAUAAAACGUCUCGCAAGAGAGACCUGUUCACUAACCACCAUUCAGCAUCCAAUGCCACCUCAUCCCCUUGUAUAGAUCAGAUGGACAGUGACUCAAGUGUUCUGUGUAUACGGUUUUCAGAUGUGCAAUCAAAACCUAAUUUAACCUAAUGACUUCUGCCUGAAGAGUGAAUGUGUAGUGAAGGACAUGUAUCCGUCUUGGACUAGUCUAGGCAAAUGUCAGUGUUUGUGUACGUUUGCUCGUCUAUGCAGAAUUGUGUGUGUGUUGUCGUGUGUGUGUGUGUGUGUGUGAAUGACUAUGUGCAUGCCAGCGUUACUGUGUGUGUUUGUCUGUAUGUUUCCAUUGUAUGUGUGUGUGUGUGUGUGUGUGUGUGUGUGUGUGUGUGUGUGUUUACUCUUCCUCCCGAAUAUAUGAGCUAGCUUUGCGGUGUUUGAGGCUGUAGCUAGCUGUGGGCUGUAGCUAGCUGUGGGCUGUAGCUAGCUGUGGGCUGUAGCUAGCUGUGGGCUGUAGCUAGCUGUGGGCUGUAGCUAGCUGUGGGCUGUAGCUAGCUGUGGGCUGUAGCUAGCUGUGGGCUGUAGCUAGCUGUGGGCUGUAGCUAGCUGUGGGCUGUAGCUAGCUGUGACGGCUGUAGCUAGCUGUGACGGUUGUAGCUGUGAGGGUUGUGUGGAUGUGGUUUCACUGGGCUGCUCAUUACUGGACCUUUUUUAUGUUGAGACUGAGAAGAGGGCGUUCUGCUUCAGACCAAGGGUCUGACUGACUGUAGAGAAUUUAAGCCUUCUAGACUGCAGCACUCCCAAGGCCUAACUCACUGAAUGCACUACUGUGUCCACCCAUACAACUGAAUGUGUGGGGCUAAACGUUAGGUUGGGUGUGGUAGUGUGUGUGCAGAGAAGUGUGAGAGGGGGAGGAUUCUGUGGCAGUGGUUUGUUUUUUUGUGGACCACACAGUCAGCAAGGAGGAGCUCGCUCUGUGUCUCUGUCUGUCUCGCUCUGUGUGUAUCUGUGGGAGAACCACUGUUUAUUUUUGAGGACCGUGUGUGUCCCAGACAGUCCCACCUUGUGCGUGUUUGUGUGUAUGUGUCUGUGUGUUUGUAUGUUUGGUGUGUGUGGAGUAUGGGCCUCUUGGUUCUAUGUGCUGCCAGCACCAGCAGUCAGUCCCUCCAGAAUUCCAAAUUGUGCCCCAAAUGGCACCCUAUUCCCUAUAUAGUGUACUACUUGUGACCAGGACUCAUAGUGCGCUAUGUAGGGAAUAGGGUGCCAUUUGGGACGCUGCCCCAGACAGACAUGUGCAAUAUGUGAAGUAUGCAUGUAAGGAAUGGCUCUUCACCGCAUGGGUGUGGUGGUGGGCUGUUGUACGUGUACAUGGGUGUGGUGGUGGGCUGUUGUACGUGUACAUGGGUGUGGUGGUGGGCUGCUGCUGUAUCCUGUCUGAGUUCUGGAGCCGUCAGCCCAAGGACAAGCGAAGAGGGGAAAAUUAGAGGGCCUGUUGUCUUGCCCAAACCGUGUCUGUGUUUGUAAAUGGGAGAGGGAACAUUACUCUCUGAGAGUGGCCCUGUGGAACAUUGUCCUUGUGUUGUACCGGAUGGCUUUCUUUCUCCGUUCUGGAUUAUCGCCUGUGUGUGCUGUGAGUCACAGAUCAAAUAUUUUCCUUGCCGGGAUUCGGUUGGAGCCUUCCCUUAGAGGGCCUCUGACUGCACCCUUACUCCGAGUCUUAGCCCCGCCCCUGUCGGCAGAGCUGCCUCCUGAGUGGUCGGUCCCAGUGAUUGACAUGGCCUUUUGCUCCUCUGGCCCCUCCCUCAGGCAAAUGACUUAGCCUCUCUUUAAUUGCCCUUUCUAUUCUGAGAACUCUAGAACUUUAGGCCGUUAGUUUCAGUAAACAAUAGACAUCAAUGGUGACGAUGAAUCCAUUCACAAAUAUUAAACAAUCGAGUGGUAAAGUACAGAAUAACUGUUUCUCAAUGUAGGCUAGUCUUCAUACCUUUUUGAAGAAUGCAUCAUUCCCUCCUCUACUCGUAAUGCGUCUCAUUCAUCAAUCAUUUAUAAUUGGUACGGACAGGUGAGAUGGAGAGGCAAUUUGUAGAGAGUAUGGAUUGGGUGCUGUGCCAGACAAUUGGCUCUGUCUUUUUAGGGGUAGAGAGACUCAGGGCUCAAGGACUCAGCCAGUCAGGGGCUGGUGAUAAUGAUGCUACUGCACCUGUCCACCACCUGGCUGCAGACCCCCAGGCCAAAGCAGGCCUGAUGGUUGACCGUCUUCUACUAGGACUGGGAAUUGCCUGGGACCUCACGAUACGAUAUUAUCACAAUACUUAGGUGCCGAUACGUGAUUCUCACAAUUCUAUAUGCAUUGCGAUUCGAUACUGUGAUUUUUAAUAUUGACUAGGUACAGCCGACUAGUCAAAUAUAAUAUCGUCCAAAACUAAUAUUGCAAUGUGUAACUAUGAACUUUAACCCUACCCUGGUUCAUCAGGGGUGUGCAUGCACACACACACACACAUAUAUGCAGGCAACUACACAGAAGCAAGCUUACAUGCUGUAAAAGAUGCCUCAUCUCUCUCUGUCUCGCGCCUUCUCUAAUGAAACUCCAAAUGAGCUGGAGCACGCGCCUACUGGUUUCGCUCUCUCCCCCUUUCUCACCUCUGUCCCCCUUGCUCUCUCUCUAAAUACAGUGCAUUCGGAAAGAAUUCAGACCCAUUGACUUUUUCCGAAUUGUGUUAUGUUACAGCCUUAUUCUAAAAUGGAUUAAAUUAUUUGUUUUCCUCAUCAAUCAACACACAAUACCCCAUAAUGACAAAGCGAAAACAGGUUUUUAUACAUAUUUGCAAAUUUAUAAAAAAAACUAAAACAAAAACAGAUGCCUUAUUUACAUAAGUAUGCUAUGAGACUCGAAAUUCAGCUCCGGUGCAUCCUGUUUCCAUUGAUCAUCCUUAAUAUGUUUCUACAACUUGAUUGGAGUCCACCUGUGGUAAAUUCAAUUGAUUGAACAUGAUUUGGAAAGGCACACACCUGUCUAUAUAAGAUCCCACAGUUGACAGUGCAUGUCAGAGCAAAAACCAAACCUUGAGGUAGAAGGAAUUGUCCAUAGAGCUCCGAGACCGGAUUGUGUCGAGGCGCAGAUCUGGGGAAGGGUACCAAAACAUUUCUGCAGCAUUGAAGGUCCCCAAGAACACAGUGGCCUCUGUCAUUCUUAAAUUGAAAAAGUUUGGAACCACCAAGACUCUUCCUAGAGCUGGUCGCCCAGCCAAACUGAGCAAUCGGGGGAGAAGGGCCUUGGUCAGGGAGGUGACCAAGAACCCGAUUGUCACUCUGAAAGAGCUCCAGAGUUCCUCUGGAGAUGGGAGAACCUUCCAGAAGGACAACCAUCUGUGCAGCACUCCACCAUUCAGGCCUUUAUGGUAGAGUGGCCAGACGGAAGCCACUCCUCAGUAAAAGGCACAUGAUAGCCCGCUUGGAGUUUGCCAAAAGGCACCUAAAGGACUCUCAGACCAUGAGAAACGAGAUUCUCUGGUCUGAUGAAACCAAGAGUGAACUCUUUGGCCUGAAUGCCAAGCGUCACGGCUGUAGGAAACCUGCCACCAUCCCUAAGGUGAAGCAUGGUGGUGGCAGCAUCAUGCUGUGGGGAUGUGUUUCAGCGGCAGGGACUAGUAGACUAGUCAGGAUUGAGGGAAAGAUGAACGGAGCAAAUUACAGAUGAAAACCUCCAGAGCACUCAGGACCUCAGACUGGGGCUAAGGUUCACCUUCCAACAGGACAACGACCCUAAGCACACAGCCAAGACAAUGCAGGAGUGGCUUCGGGACAAGUCUCUGAAUGUCCUUGAGUGGCCCAGCCAGAGCCCGGACUUGAACCCGAUCGAACAUCUCUGGAGAGACCUGAAAAUAGCUGUGCAGGGACGCUCCCCAUCCAACCUGACAGAGCUUGAGAGGAUCUGCGGAGAAGAAUGGGAGAAACUCCCCAAAUACAGGUGUGCCAAGCUUGUAGCAUCAUACCCAAGACGACUCAAGGCUGUAAUUGCAGCCUAAGGUGCUUCAACAAAGUACUGAGUAAAGGGUCUGAAUACUUAUGUAAAUGUAAUAUUUCAGUUUUUUAUUUUUACAAAAUUUGAAAAAAGAAUAAAUACUUUGUCGUUAUGGGGUAUUGUGUGUAGAUUGAUUAGAAAAAAACAACAAUUGAAUCCAUUUUAGAAUAAGGCUGUAACAUAACAAAAUGUCUGAAUACUUUCCGAAAGCGCUGGAUCUGUCGCUCUCCCACCUUCCCCCUCUUCUCUCCCACCUUCCCCCUCCCUCCUUUAGCCCCCUCCCCCACGUCUUUCUCCUCCGUCUUCCUCCUCAGACCACACACAUUCAACGCCUGCUGAAAUACUUUCUCUUCUGUGUCUUUUCCCACAUGGGGAGUGAGGAGAGAGGGAGUAUAAGAAAAAAGAGGAGAGGGAGAGGUUCGAGAGAAACAUGCUGGGGGAGAAGAGAGGGGGAGUGAGGGUAGAGGAUAGAGGGGGUUAUAGAGAAACACACCAGUCCAGGCAGGGGAUCUAUAUUCCCAUGUAUUACUAAAUGAGCCCGGCACCUGCAGUGCCACAAAGCAUUGACGGGAACUCCUCUGGAUCAUUACCCUAGCUCAUUUGCAUCUUUACCCUAGCUCACUGCAUCUUUACCCUAGCUCAUCUGCAUUGUGUGAAUACUAUUUUUGUUUGUCUUCACCGUUUUCUUGGAAAACAAAUCUAAUCCUUUUGUUUGGCUCUGGGUCUCUGGUUCUUCAGUAUGUGGUGCCCUCACUUGAUGAUCUGCCCAAAACCCCCAUUUGUGUGUGAGCGAGCUAACUAACGUGACCUCUGACCCCUACCAGGAGAGCUGGAGGAGGAGAUGGAGAACCCGGAGUUGAACCCAGUUGACCUGCCAGAGAAACAGAAACACCAGCUGAGACACAGAGAGCUGUUCCUGUCCCGCCAGCUAGAGUCACUACCCGCUACACACAUCCGGUAUGACAUGUCCAUACCAUCUCACCUUAUGUUGGCUACCUGUUACAGACCAUGAGAGUUGGUUACAAGUAUAUGUAUACACACAGCCUGGAAAACAGAUGGCACUUUAUUUCACCUGUAUUAUAGGAACGCAUUGGUUCUAUAUAAGAUGGUAACAGGGUGUGUGUGUGUCUCAGGGGGAAGUGUUGUGUCACUCUGCUCAACGAGACUGAGGCUCUGAAGUCAUAUCUGGACCGCGAGGUAGGUGGCUGUCUUUACUGUCCUGUCCUCACAGUCUUUAUACACUGUCUUCUCAGAGAGUGAAUGGUGUGUACCAAAGCCUAUGGGUGGCUCUGAUAUAUGACCAUGUUGGACGAAUUUGUGUUCGUGUCUGACUGACUGACUGACUGACUGUGUGGUGUAUGAGUGUGUGUGUGUGUGUGUGUGUGUGUUGUGAGUCUUGCUGCUGUAUGAAUAAUUAAUUGUGUUGACCCAGAAUGUUCUUCUCACAAUCAGUAAUGAGGAGACGAAAUUCUGCUCUCUAAUAUGCACACACUCACUCCACAACCCCACUCAAAUUUUCCAUUCUUAUUUCUCUAACUCUUUUCUAAUGUCUCCUCUCUCUAUCUCUCCCUCCUUCCUUUAUCCCUCACUUCUCUUCCUCCUCUCUCCCUCCCCCUCCCUCUCUCCAGGAUGCAUUCUUCUACUCCCUGGUCUAUGACCCCCAACAGAAGACUCUGCUGGCUGAUAAAGGGGAGAUCAGGGUGGGGAACAAGUACCAGGCAGACAUCACUGACUUCCUUAAAGAGGGUACGUACGCCAAAGACACUCAUAACUGUGGACAGUUAGCAUUUCCCAUAGUAAAAUGUGGCACGCUAGCCUGUAGAUUAGCCUCUUGGCUAGUAUUCUCUUUGGUAGUGCAACCCGGGUCCUAUCUCAUCUCAAGGCUCAGUCAGUGGGAGGGCAUGGGCGUCUGCCACACUGCCUGAUGAACCCACUGCAAUUAUGCAACAUUAUGACAAGGAGUGUGUUAUCAAAGUGAGUUUUACUGAGGAGCCAUGUCACCCCAAUAGUUUAGGAGAGGGUCAGAGGGCAGGAUAUUCAACGUUUUGUGAAUCUUUGAAGAACGAUAACCACAUCACCCCAAGACUGUUGGAGAGUCAGAACUAAAUUUAGUUUAGUUAACCACAGGGCUGUCUAGUCCAGUGGAGUGUAUCAGACUGGGUCCUGUGCUGACUGGUUCCUAACUGGUGACUGUGCUGACUGGUUCCUAACUGGUGACUGUGCUGACUGGUUCCUAACUGGUGACUGUGCUGACUGGUUCCUAACUGGUGACUGUGCUGACUGGUUCCUAACUGGUGACUGUGCUGACUGGUUCCUAACUGGUGACUGUGCUGACUGGUUCCUAACUGGUGACUGUGCUAACUGGUUCCUAACUGGUGACUGUGCUGACUGGUUCCUAACUGGUGACUGUGCUAACUGGACCCCCAGGUGAGGAGGAUGGCAGGGACCUGGCCAAGCUGGAGGAGAAGGUGUGGGACCCCAGCAGUCCCCUCACAGAGAAACAGAUCGACCAGUUCCUGGUUGUGGCUCGGUAAGUGGCUCCGGUCCGAUGGGCUGUGGUGAAUGGGUAAGUGGUUCUACUGUAGUGGGAGGUGGUAGUGCCUUGGUAAGACUGCUGUUAACUGGAUAGCCAAUGUAAAAUGUUUUUCAGUAAGACUGGUGGGAGGAAUUUUAGGUUAGUGGCUCGGUAAGACUGACUGCUGGGGUGGAAGGGUAUUGGAUCAGUAAGAAGACUGGUCUGGUGGGGUGGAAGGGUUUAUUCACACAGGUCUUCGCUUUGCACUAUUGUCAAAAACAUGAAAUCUGGAGGAUUAAUACACUCCUCCUGCAGUAUGAAAAAAAAGUAUGAAAAUGUAUGCACUCACUACUGUAAGUCGCUCUGGAUAAGAGCGUCUGCUAAAUGACUAAAAUGUCAAUGUAAUUUUUUUUAUCCCUGUCUGUCUGUCGCCCAUCUCUCUCCCUCUGUUUCCUUCUCUCUCUCUACUUCUCUACCUCCUUAUCCCUCUCUCUCUCAGGUCAGUGGGUACCUUUGCACGGGCUCUGGACUGCAGUAGUUCUGUCCGGCAGCCCAGUCUCCACAUGAGUGCUGCGGCUGCUUCUAGAGACAUCACGCUGGUAAGACACACACACACACACAUUGCCCACUUCCCUAGGUAAGGUCAGGGUCAGGCCAGAGGUGAGUGCUUGGCAGGAGUGCUGUUAGCCUAGGGGUAUGCUGGGAGCUACAGUGUGUGUCUGUACUGUGUGUGUGUGUGUGUGUGUGUGUGUCAGUGUUCGCUUGCCAUAGUGUGAGUAUCAGUAACGAGCAGGCUUCAGCCUGUCCCAGACGCCACACGUUCCGGCCCACUUCUACACCUCAUCUAUAAAACAUGGAACACAGGCCUCAGAGCUACAGCUUUCAAAGUACACACACACAUCCAUAUACGUGAACGCGCACAAUAUUGACUAGAGACGCUCACACUGACUGUCAAGUGACAAGAAAAUAGCCCAUCCACUUCUGUUUUAGACUAUGCUCUAUUCCUUAACCUUGGUGGCUUUGACAAGCAGAAUAAUGGGGACUUUUUGCUUGGCUUGUAUGUUACAAGGGUUGGUUUUGUUGGCUGGAAAACCAGGGUUGUGUUCAUUAGGGCACACAGUAAACCGCACAGAAGUGUUUCUUAUUGGACAAGUACAGAUGGUACCUCCCCUGUUUUGAAGUGUUUCUUCUGUUUUGUGCCUACUGAACACUACCCGCCAUUUUGCCCCCCCUCUCCUAUCCCCAGUUCCAUGCCAUGGACAGCCUGGAUAAGACGCGUUAUGACAUGACGCGGGCCAUCGCUGCGCUGGUACCCCAGGGAGGGCCUGUUCUCUGCCGGGACGAGAUGGAGGAGUGGAGCGCCUCAGAGGCCAACCUGUUUGAAGAGGCCCUGGAGAAAUACGGAAAAGACUUCACAGACAUACAACAGGACUUUGUGAGUACAGACAGUUAGGCAGACACGGUUCUUCUGCCUUGACUUGGACUAGCCUCGACAAGGAAGCUCUGAUGUGCAUGCCACUGAAAUAAGGGGGAAGAGAAACAUUGCUUAGACUGAGAGGAACAGGCUCAGUUCAAGGCUCACAAUAAUGUAACUCGGGGGAUGGGCAACUGGUGGCCCGCGGCUCCCUUUUGUAGGGCCCGCGGAUCAAUCUCCAAAAUGAGUAGAAUUGCAUGAAAUUAGUUAUAAAAUUCCAAAAUCUUCUUUCCGCCCCAUGGCAAAAUCUGUAGCAUUGCAGGAAAUUAACUGUAAAAUGUAUAUGUUUUCUCUCUUCUGUCAAGAGGGGGGGCCGCUAAAAUGUUUUGCUCGCAAGGUGGGUGGGGGCCAACAAUAUUUUACUAAGGGCCCCCAAAAGGCUAGGGUGACUGCAUGUGUAGGUAUGGAUGUGGGUACGCAGACCCGCAAGCCACUGCGGCCCCUCAUGAUGAGCUAAGAUUUUUUGUGGCCCCCACCCCCAUCAAAGUUGCCCAUCCUUUAUGUAACUAAUAGUGUGACGCUCAACUCCGAGACUCACAGGCAUCUAUUGAGAGAAGAGAACCCUGCAUGUCUGCUGUAGCCGUAGAGAUGGAUACUGUAUGUGUAUAUCUCUGUCAGCCAGGUGCUGCUGUUGCCCUGAGGGGGAUGAAUGAAGGUUUCUGCAGUCGUUACACCGUGCCUCCCUCUGCCACCUGGUGGUGGGUUACUGUCAUUGCACUACCCAGCCCACAGCCACAGCACACCGGUUAACUCGCUGCUGUUAGGGGUGGGGCUUGCUGUCUCUGGCAUCCUGACAACUCCGUUGCCUCUUUCAAACUUUUAAAGAGCGCAGUGUUCAUUUUCCCGUCGAAGAUCAAAGUAUUUGCUUACAAAGAUGGCAAAACAUGUAGAAAAUAGUGUAGAAAAUGUACAAAUGUAUUGCCCUAAAGCAUGAUGACGAGGACAUUUGUGAGGUGGAAACGGCUCUAAAGCAUGAUGAUGACAUGUCUGUGAUGUUGAAACCGCUUGUCUCUCGUCCUCCCCGGCAGCUCCCAUGGAAGUCCCUGACCAGUAUCAUAGAGUACUACUACAUGUGGAAGACCACAGACAGAUACGUACAGCAGAAACGGUUAAAAGCAGCAGAGGCAGAGAGCAAGUUGAAGCAGGUCUACAUCCCUAACUAGUGAGUAUCUAUCUGGGUGGCUCGCUGCUGGGGACUGAGAUACUGUGCUUCUUGUCAGACUGAUACAGCAGGUCCCAAUUUGCCCCCUACCCCUAACUCUUCAAUGUUUGCAGAUCGGAAGGCUCUGUAGUGGUGGAGCUUCUGCCAGCAAUGGAGGGAUAGGGAGAUAAUUGGGACUGGCUGCAGAUGAUGGUUCCCACUAGAUGGUCAAGCUGCAAAGCCAAAAAUGUAGCUCUAAUUUAAGGUUAGGGUUAGGCAUAAGGUUAGCAGUGUGGUUAGGGUUAGGCAUAAGGUUAGCAGUGUGGUUAAGGUUGGGUUUAAAAUCAGAUUUUAAGACGAGAAAUGGUAGAAAUAGGCGGGGUUUAUGACUUUGCAACUUGCCCAGAUAGUGACGACCGCAGAUUAUACAGCAUGUUGCAUCUAUGUCUCUGAUCCUCUGCCCACGUCCUCAUUAGCAACAAGCCCAACCCCAACCAGCUGAGUGGUAACAGUGUAAAGCCUGGAGGUGUGGGAGGCCUGGUGAACGGCUCAGUCGGAGCCGGGUGUGUGCCUGGAGCUCUGGGGGUGGUCCCACUUCCCCCAGGACAGACGCCAGGUCUGGGCCGUGCUUGUGAAAGCUGCUACAGUGAGUAACACCACAACUGUCCUGUUUCCUGGAUGAUGAGAUAAAGAAGGAUUAGACCAAGAUGAUGUUAUAAAAGAGACCAGGAAGUACACCUGGGCGUCAAGAGUACUAGUGCUCCUUUCACUGGUUCUUCCUUCAUCUCAUCCUAGGAUGAUCUCUUCCCCAUACUACAGUAGCAAGGCUCCAAGCCAAGCCUCCAUCUCUAUGGCUGUCCUUUAACAAUGAAGGAGUGGGAGUUUUUAUGACGGAGAGAGAGGCAAAGCUCAGCUCACGCUGCAGUAGAAUCUAUUCAGAGCUAUUUUAGUAGUGUUAAUUGAGUCUUAAAUGAUUUAAAGUCUGUCUCUGUGUGUGUGGGUGUCUCUCGAUGUGUGUAUGUGCAUAUGGAUCCAUCUCUCUUUCUCUCUGUGCGUGUAGCCAUCAGCUCGUACCAGUGGUACUCGUGGGGUCCCCCCAACAUGCAGUGUCGUCUGUGUGCCUCCUGCUGGACCUACUGGAAAAAGUAUGGAGGACUGAAGAUGCCAACCAGGCUGGAAGGAGAGCGGCCCGGACCCAACCGCAACAACAUGGUAAACAACAACAACUCAAACUGAGAUCUCAUGUAUUGGAUCAGAAGUUUUUCCCGGAUAAUGCGACACUGACCAGGAAAAACUCCCGGCCCUCCUGUAUAAAAACGUACAACCGUUUGUUUUGGACGCCAUUCUUGUCUCUGAUUGUUGUCCAUUCUCUAAUAAUUUCUCAUAUAUCCUCUCUCUCGCUCUCUCUCUUCCCCCACCCCCAGUCUCCCCACAGUGUUCCCAUGCGUCACGGAGGGAGCCCCAAGUUUUCUGUGAAGAUGAAACAGGCCUUCUACCUGCAGACCACCCAGGUGACGCGCGCCGCCCGACGGGUUUGUCAGGACAUCAUCAGACCACGCUUCCUCGCCCGCCACCCCUACCUCCCUCUCAAUACAGCCCAAAUCAAACAAGAGUGUGAGUACUGUACCCCCUCCACCCCUACCUCUUCCUCACCACCCAAAUCAAGGCGGUGUGAGAGUACGGAGUAGACCUGGGUCCUGUUCAUUAAGGCACCAAACGGAAGGAAACGGAGUAAAACAGGGAGGGACUACCUGGAAUUGUCCAAUAAGAAAUGUUCAUUUUCUUUUCCUGUUGCAAAAUGUUUUGAAAGGUCUCAGUGGCUGUCUUAUGUAACUGUCUACUGAAAUGUGGUACGUGCAUACUGACUCUGUGCUGUGUGUGUAUUCCAGGUGCACUGCGGUUGCCAGAUGAGCCCAAAAAGCCCUUGCCGCUGAAGCCAGUUGAGAGGAAGCCUCUGGAGUCUGUGGUCCGAUAUCUAGGUGAGGAUCUGUUUUGCCCAUCUGUAGAGUCUCUAAUUUUCAGUCUGCUAAAUGGCAUAUACUUUAUUAUAUAUUAUAGUCUGUUUUAGCCAGUGUUGAUUUUGCGAUUAAACUUCUGUUUUCUCUUCCUCCUGUCUCUUCUCUGUGUCUUCUGCCCUCUCUCUCCAUCUCCCUCCCUCCCGCUCUCUGUGCCCCAGAGGCCCACCCGUGCCCUCCCAAACAGGACCCCCCGCGUGGCCAGACGGUCACCACGGGCAGCCUGACACCCAUCAAGUCCACAGCCAACAUCCUCAACAACGGCUCGCCCACCAUCCUGGGCAAACGCACCUACGAGCAUCACAACGGCAUUGAUGGUGAGAUGGAGAGGAGUAAUUAGGAUGAUGUAGAUGGAAGACGGUGGCGUUCAUUGCUGCCCUCCAUUGGGUUUGAGUCUGCACCCCAACGUCUUGUAUCUCUUUUACUUUUCUGCGGCAUCCCUUUCUCCAUCCCUCCCCCACAUCUCCCUUUGUCCCAAUAUACUACUGUAACUGUGGUUAUAGAUGCCCCUCUUUUUCUCUCUCUCUCACCAACUUUCCACCUUUCACUUUCUCUCGCUCUCUUUAUCCUCCCCUCUCUUUCUCCCUUGCCAGUUUAUUUUUCCGCACCAUCUGUCUCUGUCGCUCUCUCCUUUACCCUCUCUUUCUCUUGCACCAUUCUAUUUUUUCCUGCUCUCUCCAUCUCUCUCUCUCCGUCUCCUGUAUAUCCAUCUCAGUAGGUUGUAGUGGAGGCUGGUUUCUUUCUCUGUGGUGUAUAUCGCUCUAGGCUACGGCGGGGGUUGUCAUGGUAACCGAGCGGUAGCCAGGACCGAUCUGAGACAGAUGAGUGAGACUAGAGGGGUAGUGUGGUCCGCUGGGACCUCGCCCCCCUAAUAACCCACCUCCUCUCCUGGACCACAGCAGGGCUAGUCCACACUCACUAGGGACUAUGUCCAUGUUCAGAAAGGAGGCGCACACAUUAAUGUGUGUGUUGCAUAGAGAGGGAGAAAGAGAAACGUGGAUGGAGAGGGGGAAGAUGUGGAGAGAGACAGCUAGGCCUAUAGGCCACCUACAAUGAGUGGUUCUAGGGUGACUCUGCAGUGCAGACUAGCUAGUAUCUACAGACAUCUUCUCUAGGUUUGGAGUUUGGACGGGAGCCGAGACUCCUAGAAUAUGUGCUGUCUGUGCCUGACUAGUCUGAACGGCGCUUCAAGUCUUUCUCUCCUUUUUAUUUAGGAUUGAUUUACUUAUCCAUUUAUGGCCUUUCUCUGUCGUCCUCUGAGGUUACAUAUACACAAGUCCUGGACUGUACUACUACAUUAACACGAAUAGGCUACAGUAAGUUUCUGUCAAUCUCAUUGAUAUGCUGUAUGAACAGAGCAGUUUGAUUAUAGCCCUAUUUACACAAUUGUCAGUGAUAUAUAUAUAUAUAAUAAGACACCAUUCUGUCAGAGUCGGGGUUUGGGACAGGAAGUGUGUCACUAGGUGGAGUGGAUCUCCUGCUGCAGUGCAGGGCAGAUGACCAUGCAGUACUACAGAAGACCAACAGGGGACAGGAUAGGUCAGACAUGAACAUGCAUUACUACAGAAGACCAACAGGGGACAGGAUAGGUCAGACAUGAACAUGCAUUACUACAGAAGACCAACAGGGGACAGGGGAGGUAAUAUUUUAAUGCUGCUGCUCCAUCAGUCACUCUGUGCUGAAGGCAGCGCAAAGGCUUUAGAAUAGACUAGAAUCCUAUUUUAACAAUGAAAAGGCUUUGUCUAAAAUUAAAUUAAAUAAUCUAUGUGACAUUGCUACAUAGCCUGCAAGAAUAGACCAUUACAUUCAACAUUUUAAUAAAACUGAGUUUUUAUGAGUUAAAAAAAUACGUACCGGUAGCCAACACUUUUCACGUGUAGCUUGUUGUUAUUGUCAGUCAAUCAAAGUGGCACUACAGUCAGAUGCUCCAUGUGUAGCAAGUGAAGUGGGAGAUUUCUGAUCAAUGCAAAAUGUAAUAAAAAAUUAUGGGAUUCAGUUGGCUAAAUGAGGAAGUAGGCUACAAUGAUCAACCAACCGGUAAAGGCUGCUGUUUAAUAUGGAGUUGUUGUAGACAAGGACGGGGAGCGCAGCAAAAUAGCCUCAAUAAGCCUUGAUACGUUAGCUAGCUAGCUUCUUUACAUCGAUUUAAUGCAGUUAAGACCGACACUACCAGAUGAGAUGAUAGAUAACCUGUCGCAGCAACAAGUUUGUCUAACUAGCGAGAGUCGGUUUGGCUACUCUCUCUCUCUCUCUCUGUAUCUCUCUCUGUCUGUCUCUCUGUCUCAAGUCCCCAUUUGAAGUUUCAAAAAAGUUUCACAUGCCCAUCCCUAGUGUCUGUGACUAUGUGGGUAAUAAUAUCCAUCUCCCCUCUGCUAGGUAUGAAGCCCAAAGCCCCUCAGUGGGAUAUCAUGGCCAAGAGGACAGCUGAGCCAGGCCGCACCACCUCUGCCCCAAUGCAGCAGGUACAUGAACUGGACUGACUGCCCACAGCAGGAACCUCACUACAACCUUCACACAAGGUAGGACACCUCUCGUUCAAGGAUUAAUUGGUUGGCUGAUUGAUUUGAUGUAUUUAUUUUAGUGACUUGCAUCUUUAAGAUGUCAUGUCCAUAUGGGCUCAUAAGAUACUAGAUAUUCCAAAAGUAAUCAAUUUACAGUGUUAAAUAAUACUUUAUUGUAUUGUGCAGUAUAAUCAUAUAGUCGAGUAUAAGAGAUGGUGAAGUCUAAACCCUCUUCUUGUGUUUUCUUACCCCAGGUAAAUGAAACGGGAAGGCAUUUUUCCACAUCCAGAGAUGGAGUUGGGGGGAUUUGAGUGAAGGAGGGCUGGAAGCCGCAGCAUCAUAAUUGAUUGGCAAUCAUCUCACCCAAUCAGCACGAGCCUGCAAAACUGUCAAAGACCAAUGGACCAAUCAUCUUUGGCAAUGGAAGGAAUGGAUCUAAGGCUGUGGCCUAUCAGAAGACUUCCUGACUCUACAGGACUGUGUUUAUUACUUAACCUUGUUAUUACUGUCAUUAUUGUAAUUAUAAUAAUUAUUUUUUGUUUUUUACCAUCUAUAACUUGACGCUUAUCAGUUUAAUUGUUAAUAAAAAAAACGAUGAAACUUAAAGUUUCAUGAAAACGUAUUGGCGUUGUUGCGUGGAAAACCCCUGUGGAAAAGGGUGAAAGAACGACUGUCUGUAUUGUAAUAUAAGCCAUUUGCAUCUUUUUUUUACAUGUUUAUUAAAUAUACAACAAGGAGACGAAGAUUCAUUUCAAUGACAUAACAAUAAUUCCUUGGUUGUUUUUGUUUCUUUUAUUAUUUUGAAAGCUUCUAGAGUAUUCUGAUUCUGUUUUGUGAGCAGGCCCGACCCUAUUUGGCCAGAGAGGUUUAACUUAUUGAGAAAGACUGAAACAUGCUGUUUUUUCUACCUUUUUCACAAGUAAUGCAUCUAUGCUUCAAUGAUGUAAUUAAACAGAUAAUUG